AUGGCGUCGAGACCCAGCGCGCGCCAUAAUGGUGGUCUUCGUGAAAAGAGUCCACGGCUAUCGUCUCAGCAAAACUCACGAGACGCCGCUCUGCCACACCAUCGGGGAGACGUCGAGAAUGGGCAUCACAGGCGAACUAGGAAGCGACCUCAGAAAGGCUUGGUGCGCGUCAAGUCGGCGGGUGAAAGUGGACGAAGGGGUCUUCAUCCUCUGCACUUUUUCAGAAUUGUAUGGCGCUCGACAAGUUGGCUAUCGAGAGCCGUCAACAUCCUCUGGCCCAUUGUACCAGCCGCCAUUGCUGUCCAUUAUGCCCUCCCAGAACGACACACUCUGGGCUUUGUUCUGUCCUAUAUUGCCAUGGUUCCCUGUGCCAAUCUCAUUGGUUUCGCUGGGCAAGAGCUCGCAAGGAAGAUGCCCCAUGUUUUAGGUGUCUUGGUCGAGACCACAAUCGCUUCCAUUGUCGAGAUCGUUUUGUUCAUGAUGCUACUCACCAAGGGACAGUAUAUUUUGAUCAAGGGUGCAAUCCUCGGUUCCAUUCUUGCAAAUCUGCUCCUCUGCCUGGGUUGUUGCUUCAUUGCCUCUGGUGUACGACGAGCCGACGCUGUCUUUGACGAGACAAUUAGCGAAGCUGGAAGUGGCUUAUUGUUGACUGCAGGCGUUGGCUUGGCAAUCCCGGCCAUCUAUGAGCAUUCACUCAGCACCGCUCUCGAGGAGGGAACAAUUACCCAAACCCUCAUUGACUCGAAUGUGACCGGUAUCUCACGUGCCGUCGCCAUCCUACUACUCUUGUCUUAUAUUGUUUUUAUCUGGUUCCAGACCGCCACGCACCAUGGAUUGUUCACCGCCAUGCUCGAGUACGACGAGGAGCGAGACCACGAUAAAGAGAAGGAUAUGAGAAAAGACAAGCUUACGCUGACCGAAUGCAUCGUCGCCUUGACCGUCUCCGUGGCAUUGGUCACCAUCAUUGCAUACAUUUUGACCACGGAAAUCCCAUUCAUCAUUGAGGAACACGGCCUCACGGAUCCCUUCAUGGGCCUGAUCCUGGUACCGCUGGUUGAAAAGGCAGCCGAGCAUCUCACUGCCAUCGACGAGGCUUGGGACAACCAGAUGAACUUUGCUCUUAUCCACUGCAUCGGCGCCACGCUACAGACUGCACUUCUCAACACUCCCCUGGUCAUCAUUGUCGGCUGGGGCCUCAACCACACCGAAAUGGACUUGAACUUUGAGAUUUUUGACAUUACCAUGCUUAUCUUGGCAAUCCUUACGAUUGGCAACUUCCUCCGCGAUCAGAAGAGCAACUACUUGGAAGGAUUCCUGUGCGUGGUGGUCUAUGUAGCAAUUGCUGUUGCGGCCUUUUACUACCCUACGUCCGAAGAAGCCCAUGGCAGCGCCUCCGGGGAGACCACGACAGAGCACUUGAUUGCCCGAGCCAUGGGUGCACUUUAA